AUGACCCUUGGUAGCCUGGCCGUGUCUGGGAGCUCGGCGGCCGGGAGUUUCUGCUCUUGCUGUGGGGCGAAAAUGAUGCCAUACUUUUCGGACAAUGCAGUGGUGUCUCAGAAUCAGAUCAAUCAACUUAUCAGUGAAAGCUUCCUCACUGUGAAAGGUGCUGCUCUCUUCCUCCCCCGUGGAAAUGGCUCCUCCCCCUCUUCAGUGCCCCGCAUCACGCAGCGACGCAACAAACACACAGGUGACCUCCAGCAGCACCUACAGACCAUGUUCACCCUGCUUCGGCCAGAAGACACCAUCCGCUUGGCUGUGCGUCUGGAGAGUGCCUACCCUCAGUGCACACGCUACAUGGUAAUUGUUUCCACCAACGGCCGUCAGGACACAGAGGAGAGCAUUGUACUGGGAAUGGACUUCAGUUCCUCUGACUGUUCGUGCUCAGUGGGGCUGGUCCUCCCCCUGUGGAGUGACACUCUGAUACACUUGGAUGGUGAUGGGGGGUUCAGUGUGUCCACAGUAAACAGGGUCCAUGUGUUUAAGCCUGUGUCAGUCCAGGCCAUGUGGGCUGCGUUGCAGUCUUUGCACAAAGCUUGCGAGGUGGCACGUUGUCAUAACUACUACCCCGGCAGCCUGUUCCUGACAUGGGUCAGUUACUAUCAGAGCCGCGUGACCUCCGACCAGCUCUGCAUCAACGAAUGGAACGCCAUGCAAGACGUGCAGUCCCACCGGGCAGACUCUCCCGUGCUGUUCACCGACGUGCCCACAGAGAGGGAACGCACAGAAAGAUUGAUCAAGACCCGUCUAAGAGAGAUCAUGAUGCAAAAAGACCUGGAGAACGUCACUUCCAAAGAGAUUCGCACAGAACUGGAGAUGCAGAUGGUUUGCAACCUCCGAGAGUUUAAAGAGUUCAUCGACAACGAGAUGAUCGUCAUCCUUGGGCAGAUGGACAGCCCCACGGAAAUCUUCGACCAUGUUUACCUGGGUUCGGAAUGGAACGCGUCCAAUCUUGAGGAGCUUCAAAGCAGUGGAGUGCGCUACAUCCUCAACGUGACCCGAGAGAUCGACAACUUCUUCCCUGGUCUGUUUGAGUACCACAACAUUCGCGUGUACGACGAGGAAGCCACUAACUUACUGGAAUACUGGAACGACACCUACAAAUUCAUCUCCAAAGCCAAGAAAGCGGGUGCCAAGUGCCUGGUCCACUGUAAGAUGGGCGUCAGUCGUUCGGCCUCCACCGUCAUCGCCUACGCCAUGAAGGAGUACGGCUGGGACUUGGAGAGGGCUUUCGAACACGUCAAAGAUCGCCGUGCCGUCACCAAACCAAACCCCUCCUUCAUGAAACAGCUGGAGGAGUACCAAGGCAUCCUGUUGGCCAGCAAACAGAGACACAACAAACUGUGGCGCUCCCAUUCAGACAGUGACCUAUCAGAGCGUCGCGAGCCUCCGUGUCGGACCCCACACACCCUGGGCCGCUCGGACCCCCACAAUAACAACCGCACCAGCUCACCCUCCCUGCAGCAGGUCCUGGGCACGGCUGCUCUUCAGGCCUUAAACAGCAAAGCCGAAGUCCCAGAGUCAGAGCAAGACCGCGCCGACACGCUCUCCGAGCCGUCCACACUCACCACCACCAGCAGCGCUUCCAACCACGCCCUCUGUGACUCUGAGGAGAACCUCCUCCUCUCCUCCCAGAAACCCAAACAAGAGGAGGAUCCUUUCCUUCCCCCUCGGCCCAGGCCGCGGGCGGCCACAGUGGUGCCCGAGCAGAGCUCCCAGCGUUCAACUUUGCUGAGUGUAGCGACUACCGUGCCUAUAUCUGGACCUCACCCUCCACCCUUGCUCCACCUCAUCCCAACGGCUCCCUCUCUGGAGCCUCCAGCUGAAAAUGCUGCGGUAGAUCACUGUAAGCAGUCGUCUCCAUCUGUGCCUGAGCGAAACACAGACUCUGUCGAGCUGAUACUUAACGCACUUGACUCAAGUGAAUCUGAGGACUCUCAUCAGAUUAGCGAGUCCACUGUGUCAAAAAGCUUGGAGCUUUCUCUGGACAGUGGUUCUGGAGUUGGAGCCGAUUUAGCAUCACCGGGAAUACCCAUGGUUCUCGGCCCGUCCGGUCUGGAGUUGGAUCUCCAUGGUAACGAUGACAAUAACAACCCCAGUGGCACUCAGACAGAGUUAUCAGAUAGCCCAGUUAGCACAAACCCUUCCAGGCUCAGUACGGACAGCAUCGACUUCUUCAGUGCCCGAGAGAAAUUCCUCGGCCUGUCCCAGGACGGCUUGGCACGCUCCCUCUCGGAGCCGGCAGCUCCCCGGACGCCUCAUUCCAGAUGUCUCAGCCAGGAGCUGCAGCCCUCGUCUGCAGAGGAUGCCGAUGUGGUGCCAGCCAGCGAGGGAGACCAGAAAAACUGCUCUUCCCAACCAGAGGACAGCAGUGACAUGAGUUCUCAGACUGUAGCAGUCUCCCAGCCCCACAGCCAUGAUAAUGGAGUGUCUGUGCGUCACAUAGUGACUGAACUGGAGUCCAUAACUCACACUGUAACCCCCAUCAGUCAUCAUUCUGCCCAGGAGGAGGAGGACGAAGAUAACCAGGAAAAGGCAGAUUCCUCACACACCCCCUUCAUGCUGUCCACCAGCUGGCCCUCUGGCUCAGUGCGUCGUGUGACAAAGCAACUGGAGCUUAGGCUGAAGCAGGAGCUAGAGGACUCCCAGUCAGCAGGCGUCCCUUCCCCUUCCCGUUCCUCUCUUCCUUCACCCUGCAUGGACUGCACUCAGCCAUGCUCAGCCUCCCCGCCACCAGGGGGCACUGUAGACAUGGCCUGCAAUGAACCAGAAAACCGUCAUGGUGGAGAUACCAAAGAGCUGCACAAUUCAAACUCUGAGUUAGAUCCUUCAUUUUCUGUAUACCCAGUCAGCAAACAACCUCUAGAUUCUGACCAUGUUACAGUGAGCCCUCCUCAAGAGCUGGACCCUUCUAGCACCCUCUUGUGGUUGGAUGGUGUAACUGAAUUGGAGACAGACACAGAUGACCCGGUGCGCCCAAACGCACAGCUGGCCCGCAGCAGCGAGGACUUGGAGAAGAUUCAGGAGACUCUGCGGGAACUGCAGGCUUUUCUGUAUGAGGCCACGGGGCUGGGGGGCCAUUCAGGGACGGCUCAGGGCCAGCCCCCCCCAGCAGUUGGAUCAGAGGAACAGCAACAACCAGAGCUCCGGGGCCCAGCCAUGUGGCAGAGGGCUAUGGAGAUCGAAGCACGUAUCCGCCAGGCAGGCCUUACCCCGCCCUCCCUCAUGAAACGAUCCGCCUCCCUGGCCAAACUGGACUGUCUGGAACUCUCUGCCAAUGACCUGAACGACUGGGAUUUCCACGCCCCUAGCCCCUCCCCCGGCCCUCAGCAGCCAGUUGCUGCCUCCUCCUCCUUGCCAUCCACAUCCCACUCGCACUGCCCCGACGACGCACAUAAAAAACAGCGCAUUUUACCUCAGAGCCGGUCCAGUCCUGACCCCCCGGCGCCUCGGCUGGAGCCCGUCAGGACGGAGGGCUCCGCCCACCAGCACAGACUUUCAAGUGGCAGUGUCUCCCUCGAACAGAGCCACUGUCAACCCGUGGUUACCGUGACGACGACGCGGCAGCAGCAGCACGCAAAGCCACACCCUGCGCGACGGCUCCGCAGAGCAGCAGACAAGAAAAAGACUGUGACCGUCCUAUAUAACACCAUGUGAC